AUGUCUAAAAGGGUGAUAUUAUUGAAGAAUCAAACAAAAAAACUCGAUAAGUACCAAAAGGUGUUUGAAGAUGAGAAUUUUGAACCAAUAUUCGUACCCUUGAUCACACAUACAAAUAUACCUGGGGAAAUAUUGAAUCUGUUGCAUGAUUAUAACUACCUCAAUAGCUUACAAUGUUUAAUUGUGACAUCUCAAAGAACAGUGGAAUGUCUAGUUGAGGAGAUUUUACCUGCCUUAGAUGAUAUCUCCAGAAAUAUCCUAAUAAAUAAAGUGGUCUAUACGGUGGGACCCACUACAGCAAAUUUUUUGAAAGCCAUUGGUUUCACCAACAUCCUAGGAGGCUUCGAUGCUGGUAAUGGUGAUAAUUUGGCAGAUAUAAUGAUUACUGAUCUAUUGGACAACGAUAAUACAGUUGUUAAAGAUCCUAAAGAUAUCAACGAGAUCUUAUUCUUAGUUGGUGAGAUACGCAGGGAUAUCAUUCCAAAGAAGUUGCAUAAAAGGAAUCUAAAAGUGAGAGAGGUGGUAGUUUACAAGACAGAAGAUAAAGUUGACAGCUUAGUCCACUUCAAUGAACUUUAUCAAGAUGGGGAUUGGGUGGUUGUAUUCAGUCCACAAGGCACAAAGCCUAUAUUAAAUUACAUAAAAGGAAAUGAUUCUAGUUGUGUAAACUAUCGAUUGGUAAGUAUAGGGCCGACAACUGAGAAGUACUUAAAUGACAUUGGAAUGCCUCCAGUUGUCACUAGUAAAAAGCCUGAAGCAAAUUCGUUACUUGAUGCUAUUAAAAAUAGCCAAGUAAAUAACAAUAAUAUAAUCUGA